AUGGCUACCAUAAGAAGAAGCAAAACUAUGCCAACCGAAGGCCAUGCCACCAGAUUCCUCUACACAAUCCUCAAACAGCUGGACCUCAAAACUAUCGACUGGAGCCUCGUAGCAACGGAGCUAGAAAUUUCCAACGGCCAUGCAGCACGAAUGCGGUAUUCGCGCUUCAAGCAGCAGAUGGAAGGCUUAACGACUACUGCCUCAAAACCCGCAAAACCGAAGAAAGCGAACGGCAAACCCGAGUAUGGGAAAACAACCAAGCAAUCUACAAAAGGAAAAAGCAUUUACGACAAGGGCAAGAGUUUCGACAAGGCUAGUGGAUACGAGAGCGCAAAUUAUGAAAACAGUUACACUUCCGAUAGCACUUUCAAGAAGCGUUCUGCUCCGGAUGAGUUUAUGAAGCAGGAAAGCAAGAUGAAUUACGGAGUCAUGGGAGUGGAAAAGAUGAACAGCUUCACACCAGUGAUUUAUGAUCCUUUCGCAAAUGCAGCUUCAUACUGGACGCCUUCUGGAGGGCCAAUCUUGUCCUCCGACCCUGCCACAUUUCCUUACAUGACAAUGCCGGAUUUGCAUCAGCAGCAACAGCAAUUUCGGGUUGACCCUUACGCCAAUUUGUAUCUCGCGCCAAUGCCGCCACUACAUUCGGGAGAAGAUGUGAACAUGGCAUUUAACCCAGGCUGGGCUCCACAGAUUUUCGAUCACAUGUUCAACAACAAUGAACAAUUUGGUCAAGGUCAUCCCAAAGCCGCCGCUCCUCCUACAGUAACAACUGCAGCAAACCCUCCAGAAUGGAAUGAUCAGAUGGAUUUCUGCUUCUCGGGCUGCUGCCAAAGACCACCACCGUACCCCUCUCCACCAUCGCUCUCCCCAGAUGUUCCUCCUACAGAUCAAUCCGGGGAUACUUUGAUGUCUGCACAGCCGGAGCCUUGGGUACCACCACCACAACAGAAUCAAUGGGUUGCGAUCAAGCCCGAACCAGGGGAGGAGGGAGGCUCCGAUGAUAUUUUUGUCAAGGUAGAAGCCGAUGCAUGA